UUUCAGGAGGAAAAUUGUUCUGACGAAGAGAGCUGCCCAAGCAACCAUAGGCAGCCUUCAGUUCUCAUGUGAAGAACAAUAAAUCCCCCUGAAGGCUCCAACAGUUCUGCUGCUGACAACAAUCAGAACACCAAAUCCCCUCAAAGGCUCAAACAGUUCUUCUAUGAGAACACUAAAUCCCCUCGAAGGCUCAAACAGUUCUUUUAUGAUCGGUUUGACGUUUCAAUUUCACGAAAAUUCCUGAAACAACAACAACGUCGGUUGCAUCUUCGCUUGUUAAAACAAGUGAAAAAACGUUUAAAUUAGUGAAAAAGUGCAGUGUAAAAUAAGUGAAACAGUAGUGUACCAUCGUAGUAAGCUGAGGUAAGUGUAGUUCACCGAAAAUACGUGUUUGUUUUUUGUCCGCCGCAGCAUCCGCAGCAUCGUGAUCGUGACGCAGUUACUGAUAUUAUGAAGGAACACCGGAUGAUAAGAAAGGCUAUGGGAUGAAGAUGCCCAUAAUUCCAUAUUAAACUUUGACGAGAAUGUGUCGUGUCGUGCCGAGUUGCCAAGUACUGUAACCUGCAUCUGCCGACCUUUCUGCGCUCGGUGACCCGUACGGGGGGGAGAAGACCUUCGAGCAGGCACUGAAGGAUGCGCUUAACUUUCGAACGAAGUGAAGUGAUCGAUUGAAUGAUUUGUGCAGCAACGACAGCAACCGUGAUGAGUGAUAACCGUGCCGAAACAACCGACCGUAUAUCAGCUACAAACAGCACAGAAAUCUGCGGCAGAAAACCGAGCAUCAGUAGUAAGAUUGUAGAGUUUCGACUUGUUGCCCAGAGGGCUUGAUGAUGUGGCUGCGAGCGUGAUGACCGACAGCAUCAAGUGCUAUAAAGCGGUCAACGAGCUGAACAUCACUGACACACUGCAGAUGACGAGCUAAACGGCGACGGCUUGUAUGGCGCCACAUCGCGUGUUGAAAAUGCGGAGCAUAUACUCUUCGAGUGCCCGCGCUUUAAUGGAGAACGGCAAGCGCUACUGGCUUUCGAGGAGGGGGCGCUUACACCGGACAAUCUACUAAGCAACCUGCUCCACAGCGAGGAUCGGUGGUCCUCGAUCUCGGCAGUGGUGAAAAGAAUUAUGGACGAGCUCCAGCGGCAGUGGCAGGAAUACACUCAAAUACCACCGGACGCGGGCAGCUGGAACGCGGAACUGGAAGCAGCAGCAGCCGCUCGUCAAGAAGCGCAAAGGCUGCGCAAGAACGAGAGACAGAGAGAGGCUAAUGCCAGGAGGCGGCAGCGCGGGGCAAACGAGGAACAACAGGCGUGAUCACGCCUUCAGUUCUUUGCGGCCGAGCUACCUAGUGGUUAACCUAUCAAGAUUUAAGUUAUCCCACUCGCGAUUUGCCAUACCAGGAAUAGAGAAGUGGGUGGGAUGAUAUGCUGUACAGAGGUAGGCGGUGCUGUGAUAUUGUCAUUUUACACUAAUAAACCGCCGAACUGGCCUGAUAUAAAAAAAAAAAAAAUGGCGCCACCGAAGGCGAAGCAUCCUACCAACUUGCCAUACGAUCCCUUGGUGCAAAAGUGACGAAACACUGCCUGCUGCCUCAGCAGGAUAACUUUCCACAGCUUGCAAGCCAUCUAGCACCGGGAGAUGCACAGAACGGGGCGCUCCAUGGGAAGGUUGUCAAUGAUCUGAGCCGCUCAUCAACACCGACUACGAUGGUAGCGAUCUAUCUACAACCAUUAACAUCAACAUGAACAACAGCAUCAUCAUCGGGCGCAAUAGCAGCAUCUGUUACAUCAUGUGCAGUAGACACAGCAGCCGGUGCAAGUACCUCAUCCGAUGAUACGUGGAGAACUAGUCACCGGUACGCAGAAUGGUGGAGGUGAAGGAUGCGAACCUCGAUUCGAACAAAGAUGCUCCGUUGCCAGCCGGUACGUGAAUGGUGCCGGUGGUGUGCCGAAGGAAAUCGCCGGUCGUUGAGUGGAGUGCGGAGACGAUAGAGGACGUCAAUGCGACUACAGCGAUGCUUGCCCUGAAGCAUGGACCGAAAAUUGUCAUCGAAAACUCCUUCCGUAAUGGCACGCCACCGGCUAUCACAUCACCGCAGCGCGGGAGACCGAUCGGCUACGGCCCUGAUCGUCAAUGAGUCAACGGUACCUCAUCGGAUGCUGCUUACGAAAACAGCGAGUAAAGCCUCCAUCCACAUCAUGCAUUGGCCAAGGAUAUGCGCUCUCCUCCCCAGCCUCAUUGAACGGUUCGUUAAAGCGAUCAGAACCGAACGAUUCGUACAGUGGGACCCCGACCGAUUACCAUCAUCACCAUCACCACCGUAAUCGACAGCAACUCGUUGCAUCAUCGGAUGAACGGACAAUGCAGAUAGCAAACGGUGCCGGCACUCCUCGACCCUAUCAUCCGCAUAACCUCGGCAUGGAGUACGGUGGCCCAGCACCACCGUCACUGCCAGGUACGGGUACCACGGUGACCCCAUACUAAUACCAAAGCCCGCUCCGGAAAGGGGCGCACGGCAUCGCAGAGAUA